GUGAAAGAGUUUCUAGCUAAAGCCAAAGAAGACUUUUUACGAAAAUGGGAAAGUCCGCCCCAGAAUACUGCCAGCCUAGAUGACUUUGAAAGGAUAAAAACUUUGGGAACUGGCUCAUUUGGAAGAGUGAUGCUGGUAAAGCACAAAGGAGCCGAUCAGUAUUAUGCCAUGAAGAUCCUUGAUAAACAGAAGGUGGUAAAGCUGAAGCAGAUAGAGCACACGCUUAAUGAGAAGAGGAUAUUACAAGCCGUCAACUUCCCUUUUCUGGUCAGGUUGGAGUAUUCCUUCAAGGACAAUUCAAAUUUAUACAUGGUAAUGGAAUAUGUGCCCGGGGGUGAAAUGUUCUCACAUCUAAGACGAAUCGGCAGGUUCAGUGAGCCCCACGCACGGUUCUAUGCAGCUCAGAUAGUUUUAACAUUCGAGUACCUCCAUUCGCUAGACCUCAUCUACAGAGAUCUCAAACCAGAAAAUCUUUUAAUCGACCAACAAGGAUAUAUUCAGGUCACAGACUUUGGGUUUGCCAAGAGAGUAAAGGGAAGAACUUGGACGUUAUGUGGGACCCCAGAGUACCUGGCACCAGAAAUCAUUUUGAGCAAGGGCUAUAACAAAGCAGUCGAUUGGUGGGCAUUAGGUGUUUUAAUCUAUGAAAUGGCAGCUGGUUAUCCUCCAUUUUUUGCCGAUCAGCCCAUACAAAUAUAUGAAAAAAUUGUUUCAGGAAAGGUACGGUUUCCAUCCCAUUUCAGUUCAGAUCUUAAAGACUUACUAAGGAACUUGCUGCAGGUAGACCUGACUAAAAGAUAUGGCAAUCUGAAGAACGGGGUUAACGACAUUAAGAACCACAAGUGGUUUGCCACUACAGAUUGGAUCGCCAUUUACCAGAGAAAGGUUGAAGCUCCUUUCAUACCAAAGUGCAGAGGGCCAGGAGACACCAGCAAUUUCGACGACUAUGAAGAGGAAGACAUCCGUGUGUCCCUGACCGAAAAAUGCGCAAAAGAGUUUGCUGACUUUUAG